AUGGUAACCAAUUAUUUGGAGAUCAAUAAUCGUCCUUAUAGGACCUCAGAUGUUGAUGACUUCCUCAAUAUUUAUGGUGGUGACGAUAGGGUGACAAGGUUCACUAUAUGGAACAGUUUCACUUCCAAUAAAGAAGCACUUUUCUACAUCAACACCUGUAUUCCCCACCCUUAUUGCAAAUCCAUAUGCAUCAAUGAAUGUUCAAUCGGAUUCAUGAUCAUCAUGCCCCGAGAUGGCGAUGACAAGUUUAGGGCUGAAGUUGGCUAUGUCUGGGCUGCUGAGCACUGGUGCCAAGGUAUAACAACUACAGCUCUAAAGAGGGCUAUUUCUAAUGGUUUUAGAGAGUUUCCAGAUUUGAUCUGA